GGCUCUGACAGCAUGCCUGAAGUGGGUUGUGGGAGCUUCCUGAGCCACGCUGUGUCGGAUUGAUGUUAUCGUGGCCUCUCUCGGCCGCAAGCAGACGUCCGCCACCUUUCCGAGUCAACGCCCCGCGAGCUGUUCCCUGCCUCGGCACUGAUCGUCUGGUCAUUGGCAAGCUCGCUCACCGCCUUAGUCGUUCGAAGUCGAGCUACGAGGUGUUCAGAGAGCCGCCCACCUGAGCGCUGGCUCUGGCGAGCGCCACCACCGCGACCAUGGCGACCAGGGGCAACAGUCUGCGCGAUCGCCAGAUUGCCUCCCUCAAGAAAAUCCUCAACCUCAACGAGACGGUCGAGUCGAGCGAGGCCGACGAGGCUCACGCCAACGGCCUCCUCGCGCCCGUCGCCCCCAUACUCGACGCCGACGGCAACCCCAUAUGGAAGGUGCUGGUCUUUGACGACCUCGGGCGCGAUGUCAUUAGCAGCGUCAUGCGCGUCAGCGACCUGAGGUCCAUGGGCAUUACCAUGCACAUGCACAUUGCGAGCGCGCGCCACCCCAUACCCGACGUCCCCGUCAUCUACCUCCUCGAGCCAACGGCUCAAAAUCUCCAGAGCAUCACCACCGACUUGGAAAAGCAGCUCUACUCUCCCGCGUACAUCAACUUUCUGUCGUCCCUACCACGGCUGCUCCUCGAGGACUUUGCGACGCAGACGGCCACGUCCGGGACAUCGGAGCAGAUCGCCCAGCUGUUCGACCAAUACCUCAACUUCAUCGUUGCAGAGCCGGAUCUUUUCAGCCUCGGCAUGCAGAAGCAGCACACGUACUGGGCCCUGAACAGCGCCAAGACGAGCGACGAGGAGCUAGACCUGGUGGUGGACCGAAUAGUGAGCGGUCUCUUCAGCGUCAUCGUGACGAUGGGCGUGAUUCCCGUCAUCCGCUGUCCAAAGGGAGCCGCCGCGGAAAUGGUCGCCGCCCGCCUCGACCGCAAGCUCCGAGACCACAUUCUCAAUUCCAAAGAAAACCUCUUUUCCGGGCCGAGAUCCACGGCGGCGGGCACGCCUAGCUCGAGACCCGUUCUGAUUCUCCUAGAUCGAAAUGUCGACUUGAUACCCAUGCUGUCUCACUCGUGGACGUAUCAGUCUCUGGUUCACGACGUUCUUAAUAUGAAGCUCAACCGAAUCACGAUUGAGACGGCCGUCGAAGAAGGCAAUCCGGCCAAGGGGACAACGAAGAAGGCCUACGAUCUCAGCUCCAAUGACUUCUUCUGGGCCAAGAAUGCGGGCGUUCCCUUCCCACAGGUGGCCGAGGAUAUUGACGCCGAGCUGACCAAGUAUAAGGAGGACACGGCCGCAAUCACCAAGAAGACCGGGGUGACGGACCUGGAGGACCUGCAAAACGACACGAGCGCAAGUGCACAACACCUCAAAGCCGCGAUAACAUUGCUGCCCGAGAUGCGCGAGCGCAAGGGCAUCCUCGACAUGCACAUGAACAUCUUGGCGGCGCUACUGUCUGGCAUCAAGGACCGCCAGCUGGACAACUACUUCCAAAUCGAGGAAAAUGCUCAAAAACAGACCAAGGCCCAGAUCAUGGAGAUUAUCAAAGACGACAACAAGGGCACGGUGCCAGCAGAUAAACUGCGGCUCUUCAUCAUCUGGUUCCUCAGCACGGAGCAGGAGGUCAGCCGGGCAGACUUUGAGAGCUUCGGCAAGGCGCUGGAGGCGGCUGGCGCGGACACAUCGUCUCUGGCAUACGUUCGACAGGUGCGAGCGACGACCAAGAUGACGCAGCUGACCACCAUCAACAACAACACAAACCAGCAGCCGUCGUCGGACCUGUUUGGUCGCUUUUCGUCCAUCUCUUCCCGCCUCACAGACCGCCUCAAGGAGACGGGCGUGCCGACGGGACUGUCGUCGAAUUUUGAGUCGCUCAUCAGCGGCGUCAAGAACUUUCUGCCGGCAGACAGGGACUUGACUGUGACCAAGAUUGUCGAGUCGAUCAUGGACCCGUCUACGGCGGCGUCUUCGGCUAUCGCCAAGACGGAGCACUACCUGUACUUUGACCCGCGGUCGGCCAACGCGCGGGGAACGAUGCCGCCGCCCAGCGCGAUGCGAUCGGGCGCCGGGGCGAACGCACCAGGCGGGAUGCCCGGAGCGCCGGGCGUCGGGCAGUCGGCGACGUUCGGGCAGCGACGACAGGGCUUUAGCGAGGCGGUGGUUUUCACAGUGGGCGGAGGCAGCAUGGACGAGUAUGGCAACCUGCAAGAGUGGGUAAGCAGAACAGGCGGCGACCGAGGACGGAAGCGGGUGGUGUACGGGAGCACCGAGCUGGUGAAUGCCGGCGAGUUUAUCAAGGAGGAGCUGGAGAGGCUGGGCAGCGAGCUCGCAUCGUGAUGGAUGAGCCUUUUUAGGUAGCAGCGUGCGUGCCACGUCACCUGGCGACUGCAUGGGAUAGAAGGUUCGUGGUGCCCAGUGUAGGCUUUUUGGUCACUCCUGGGAUUCGGCAGCUGGAAGUGAUGAUGAAUUGAAUGCCGCUCCGCGACGACGGUGAGGUGACAACGCUGCGGUUUGGAUACUUCGUACGUACGUACCUCAUUCACAUUCACAUCGAAGAGGCCCGUAGCGAAUGAUUGAGCUCACCACAAGGGCCAGUGCAUCGCCAUCACGUAGCGCAGGUACCGCUGUGUAAUAUAACAAGCAGAAUUAGAGCACCGUAUUUC